AUUUAUGUAACAUUGCAUUAUCAUUGUGACAUCGUUGCAGGCGACUUACUUCUUUGGUUACGUGGAAACUUUAACGAUUCCUUCAGAUCGAUCGGGAAAGAUCACCAUUUGUUUUGGGUUCGUGUUAGGGUUAGGUUUAGGGUUUAGUGUCUGUAUCAACUGUGCGAGGGUGAAAUGACGCCGUCCGGGCCGGAAGUAAAAUGGAAUGCGUAGAGCUUUGUAAUUUUCAUUUCUGCUGCGCAUUCAUUUUUUGUCAGCCAAUGAAAAAAUUCGAAUUUUUUGNGGUGCGUCCAGACAUUUUAAGACGAGUAGCACUGGGGACGAGAAUGACCUUAACUGAACUAAAUUUAUUCAGUCGGGUCCAUUCAGGUACAUUCAAGUGAAUCUAGCAAAUGAAGAGGGGACAACGUUACGCGAAUAAAUGGUGGGACAAGAAUACUUAGCUUCUUAUUGUCGAUUAUAGAACGUAUUCGUGCUGUGAAGAAUGGCUUUCCGGCGAAUUCCAGUUAGUGUCGCAAGGAGAGUCUUUAUCAAGCGACGUUUUACCUUUGGUGUAGUGUUUGCAAGCUUACCGUUCUUAGCAUACCUUCUGAUAUUUGGACGUUCUAUUUCGGUGCCUGGUAAAAUACUGUCGACGAACGUUGUAUGUGAAUGCCCAUGCGAAACUAAGCAACAAACUCAAAAUAGCACUUUAAAACAGCAAACAGAAGCGAUCGUGACAUCCAUAGCAGGCGAACGAAAACUCGAACACGAUUCCGCGAAAUCCACCGGAAGUUUGAAUGCUCACGUGUGGUAUGGAAUAUGUGGAACGAACGUGGAUAUUUUGAGAAACUGGCCUCAUUUUCCUUACCUUCCAGAGAAGCGUUCUUUUGUUUCGGAAUUUCGUAAAACUCAAGUUUUGAAUAUGAAAGACCACGGAGAAAGGAUUUUUGGAUUUGUUCAUCCGCAGUUAAGCGGCAUGUAUAAGUUUGCCAUCACAUCAGAUGACACAUCAGAGUUGUGGCUGAGUAGAAAUGAAGAUCCCGCUUCAAGCGAGAUGAUCGCACGGGUUUAUUCGCCUCAUGAAUCGGCCUGGACUGUAGAAGGAGACUACAAGAAAUAUCCUGAGCAAAUUUCUAAAGAAAUCCUUCUUCACGCCGGCAAGAAAUAUUACAUCGAGUCUCUGAGUAAGCAAGGUUCUGGCGCCGCUCAUGUUGCUGUAUUUUGGUCUUACGGGGAUUCAAUAUUUGAAAUUAUUUCCUCCAAGUACCUGUCGAGUGUUUAUGAGAAUGACAAUCAAGAAUCAAUUCCCCCACACGCGGGUAAACAAUCGAAGAUUACGCUUCGAAACGAGAGCAAUUUAUAUUAUUUUAAUCGUCUGCCGUUCAUAAGCAGGCAAGAAUACAUAAACCUCAUUCCAACCUGUUCAUACAACCCGAGCUUUUUGGUGCGUGGAAAGCUCAAACGAUACCAGGGCGUUUGGCGAACACAUGUGUCACAGGUAUUCCCACCAGAUGAUACCGACAUGUACAAGAAUAUAUCUUGGAAACAUGACUGGAAGAAACCUAAUACUUUUGCUGAAAAGGUCAGAGUGGAAUCUGUUGUAGACAAGAUGAUGAAUUGUUUACGUUCAAGAAAGUAUUUUCUGCGUAGAAUCCAUAAAGUGAUUCACAAGCCAGACCCCAAGAAUGGUGACCGUUUCUUGUUGAACCUCGAGCUUGGCUCAGACAACACCAAUCAAUCAUUUCGACUGUCAGAACACGUGUAUCAGAAAAAGGGAAAUGACACCUUGUGCCUUCCUGAAGGAGUCAACUGGAAUAACAACGCUACAGUGUACUUCAUUCUCCCUGUUAAGGAGCAAGGAAAGUGGGUGCAUCAUUUUAUCAGUCAGCUGACUGAUGCCAGCUCAUUAACCGGUGAUACGAACUUUCACGUCAUAGUUGUUGAUUUUAAAAGUAAAGACAUUGAUAUGGACAAAGCGUUUAACACAUCUCUUCUCAGCAGUAGACAUACUAUUGUUUCAUUAACGGGGAAAUUCUUCAAGACUGUUGCAUUGAACAUUGCCACUGAACUUGUCCCCAAUGCGCAUGACAUAGUUUUCCUGUUUGAUCUGCAUAUUGAUGUGCCUGCAGACAUUAUGGACAGUGUUCGAGUGAACACCAUUGCAGGUAGAAUGGCUUACUUUCCUAUAGUUGGCCGUCUGGACUGUGCAAGUUCGUCGGUGGAACAUCUUGGCUUUUGGCAAAUGGAUGGCUAUGGAGUUACGUCGAUGUAUAAAUCAGACUGGGAGAGAGUUGGCGGAAUGAAUACAAAGGACUUCAAAUACAAGUGGGGCGGGGAAGACUGGGACCUACUAGACCGUGUGCUGAUGUUACCGAUCGAAGUGGAACGAAUCAAACAUCCGGGUCUCUUUCAUCAUUAUCAUGCCAAACGAAAGAAAUGGAAUUAGAGUUUGAUAGUCUUGGUUAUAUUUAAAUCUAAGUGACGUGACGUGACAUGAUGUAGCGAUACGUGACCUGUUUUGACGUGACAUGACGUGACGUGAUGUGAGGUGAAGUGAAGAUACGGGGCAGUGCGGUUGAAUAGUGCAUAAAUUAUUAAGCAUUUUGGCCCUGUUCUCUCGUUCUCUCUAGGAAUCUAAGAAUGCCUCAAAAGGAUAAAUAAUGAUGUAGAGGGUGAUUAAGAAUAUAACACAAACAGCGCUGAUAAACAUUGGAC